GGUGGGAUAGGAUUAUGGUUGCACCUUGACAAUGCUAACCAUUAAAAUAUACGUCAGAUUAAUGAAUUAUAUCCUCAUUAAAAACGAGUUCCUUGGGUGGAAAUUAAUUCUAAGAUGAUUUUACAAAGACGGGAGCAAAGGCAGUAAUUUGAAUAACAGCACCUAUAUUUAAUGGAGUUACUAAAUGUUCAGGUGAUACAGGUGGUUGAAAAUAUCAAGGGAAACACUGUAGGCCUAAGUUUGGUUCCUCAUCUUUAUUUUCUUCUUUCCUCGUGUGUUUUCUGACGCCAUGUUGCUGCGGUGUGCAACAUUAUGUGGUAUCCAAGCAACGACGCAAGCAAGUAAUGCAGAGUAACGCAGACUGGAUACAGUGCAGACAGAGGAGCAGCCAAGGGUUUUUAACCUGGGGGCAGAAUAAAUUAAUAAAGCGAGGGCUAUACUGUGGGCACACUAGCAGAGGUAUGUGAUGUCUGUACUGUACAAACGAAGUUUAGUGAAGCUACCACUUAGUUUUUAGGCAGGGUAAUUUCAAAAUGUAUGGACGAGCUCCAAGAUUGACCUCCACGACAAGCGGCACCUCGUCUACUGUUGGACCCGGGUCGUACGAUGUCACCCACUGCAAAUAUCAAGUAUCAGAUGGCUAUGCUCCAUUCCUGUCCUUGACCAACAGACAGUCAGCAUUUAAAUCCACUGAGAGGAUACCAGGACCUGGACAGUAUGACUCCUCACCCGUUAAGCUAAAUGUCCAUGGUGGCUGCAGUCUUCAGAACCGCUCCAAGCGUUUUGAGGAGGUGGUGUCAGGGGUUCCUGGCCCCGGUGCCUACAACGUGCUGCCUGCCUCAGGAAAUACGCUCAGGGCUGUGACAGCGGAUGCAGGACAGGCUGAGAAGCUUGGCAGAAAAAUGUGGCUGCAGGCAAAAAGUCUCCGGCUGGUUCGUCAGUCAGAUAUCCCUUCCAUUCCUUCCCCGGGCCAGGCUUAUGGCUACGAGGAGGAUGUCCUGGGUGUGCUCCGUAAGCAACAGCCCCCUCCUACGGACACAACCCUGGGGCCAGCCUUCUACAAUCCAUCGCUGUCAGAGGGGUCUGCACAGAAGUAUAAAGGAGUCCAUUUUGGCAACAUGACAGGAAAGAGAGAUGAGGUGAGAGUGGAAGUGGGACCAGGUCCAGGACAAUAUUACCCUGAGAUAAUCCCAGAAACACACUAUGAAAACAUAAAUCUUAAAAAGGAACAGAAAGGCAGAGCUGAACUUAUCAUCCCUCGCUACUAUGAACUGGUGCCCAGUCAAGAGGAAAAGAAGGGAGUUCCGGGGCCGGGCCAGUACCACAUCAGAAGUCAGUUUGAGAAGCCUGUGAAGUCCAGUGGAAGCCUGUCGAAAUUUACUUGCCCCUUCCUUUCUCAGACUGAGAGGUUCAGCUUGGUGAAAGAAGUGUCGCCCCCUGUUGGUGUAUAUAAUGACCCACGCUGUUCCCUGGAGCUGCUGAAGAGGACAACAGGAGUGAAGAAAAGCCCAUUUGGCAUAACCGCAGUGCGCUUCACUCCUAACGACAUAAAAUGCUCCAUACCAGGUCCAGGAUCCUAUAACGUGUUUGAGCAAGGUUUAGCCCAGGAGAGUUUUAAAAAGGCAUUUUUAGAGCAAAGCAGGAAGGGAGGCUUCGGCUCCUCUGCUCAACGCAACUCCUUCUUCCACAACAAGGAAUCGAUAGAGGCCCCAAGUCCAGGACAGUAUGAGACAGAGAAGAAGACAGAGGAGCGCUACAAAAAGCAGCACACAGCGGUUUUCAAAUCAGCCACAGAACGUCUGGCAUUAUCACUACUUGCUAAAGAUUCCCCUCCACCCAACCGUUACAAUGUGAGUCAGACAUUUGAGAAGUCUAAUGGCCACUCUUACUUAGAACCCCGAAGUGAAGGAGCUAAGAGACGACAGAGCUGCUUCCUCUCUGCUGCACCGCGGGACAAUUUCUUCAGAAGAUGUGACCCCAGUGUGCCAGGCCCUGGCCAGUACAACCCCAGUGUGAAAUCAUUCCCUCAAAUGGCUCUGAUCUCCUCCAGAGAAGAUCGAUUCAAGGCAUCCAUAAACACAAACCCUGGACCUGGCACUUAUCAGUUGAGUCCAGGUUUCAUGAACACAGUACUAAAGGGCACCUUCAAUGUGACACUCGACAACCCCCUGGGCCCCUGCUGCUCCCCUCGUGUGGCCCCUGGCCCUUUUAAGGGCACACAAGACCAUUAAUGCUAUUGCAACGCCCAACACCUUCAUCGCUACCAGCACUUCUUAGUGUCAAAGUUGAGGGUCAAAGUUUACAGGUGAAAGGAUGCAGUUUGGAUGAAGAUGGACUCUGCAUCUCCAGCUGAUGGUUCCCUCGUUCUUUACUUUUGCUAAUGACAAUCUUGGCACGCUGAAUCAGCUGUUUUUGUGGAUCACUUCUCUCUGUAUACACCACUCUGUGAAUCAAUAACAAUUAAAAAGCUAUUAAUAUGAA